AUGGGUGCCUACAAAUAUCUCGAGGAGCUGCAAAGAAAGAAGCAGUCUGAUGUCAUGAGAUUCCUUCUCAGAAUCAGAUGCUGGGAGUACAGACAGAAGACUGUGAUCCACAGAGCUUCCAGACCAUCUAGACCAGACAAGGCUAGAAGACUUGGAUACAAGGCCAAGCAGGGCUUCGUCAUCUUCAGAAUUAGAGUCAGAAGAGGUGGCAGAAAGAGGCCUGUUCCAAAGGGUGCUACGUACGGUAAGCCAACCAACCAAGGUGUCAACCAAUUGAAGUACCAAAAGUCUCUCAGAUCUACCGCUGAGGAGAGAGUCGGAAGAAAGGCCGCCAACUUGAGAGUCUUGAACUCCUACUGGGUUAACGAGGACUCCACUUACAAGUACUACGAGGUUAUUUGUGUUGACCCUCAACACAAAGCCAUCAGAAGAGAUCCAAGAUACAACUGGAUCUGCAACCCUGUCCACAAGCACAGGGAGGCUAGAGGUCUUACUGCCAUUGGAAAGAAAUCCAGAGGUAUUGCCAAGGGUCACCUGUACAACAAGACCAGAAAGGGAAGAAGACACACCUGGAAGCAACACAACACCUUGUCUUUGUGGAGAUACAGAAAGUAA